CUCGUUCUCCAAUCAUAUGUCGUUUCUCAGUGAGGGGUUCUAUCUGAAUUGCAUUGAUAUUUUUCCUCUGCUCGCUGUAACUUUCUCGGGAAAAUUUCACACCAUCCACGUUUCACAACGAAAGACAUACUGGACUCCACUUGUAGAGAUAUGCAAACAUUUAGUCAGCUAGGACCGUCGGAGGUUUUCUUCAUCGCUAGAAGAGACAACCCCUGUACGAGUAAUUGCAGGGCACAGCUUUGGUUCACGGGAAGACUCCCUUUCCGACAAGAAUCAUUUGGGUUUCGCAUAAAGAACAGAGUAGAGUACAGCGCAAGACCCGUGCCUCCAAACCUGAUUGCAGCAGAGAAAGAAGAAGCCAAAGCCGUUCUAACCCUCUUCUUCAAGAAGCAAGGUCUUAGCAACAGCGUCUCCGUUAGGAUCAUCAACAAAUCCGAUCUCUUCAUCGACCAUUUAGUCUCUAGGCUCCACUCUGUUCACAAAGCCCGUUACCUCGUAGGAAGAGAGCUUACCACACUCGAGAUACGAGACUCUCUCAUUCCUUACCUCGAACAGCUUCAUGAACAACACGGCGAUCUUCUCUCCGACCUCGUUGUCAGCUUCCCCGAUCCACCACCACCUGCUGAAGAUAGACCCCUUUCUUCUUCACCUCCAGCUGCACUUGCACCGCCUCGUGGUCUCACGGAUUCAGCUGCAGACACUAAGAAGCUAAGAGCAGUGUCUCGCGUCAGCGAGCUCGACACAGAAGGUGCACUACGUCCUCAAACACUCUACCUCCUCGACCUCGGUUUAAACCUCGAGCAGAUCAAAACAAUCACCCGCAAAUUCGCAGCGUUUCCUUACUACAGCCUCGAGGGAAAGAUCAAACCAGUCGUGGAGUUUCUUCUAGACCUCGGCAUCCCAAAGUCAGACAUCCCAACGAUCCUCUGCAAAAGGCCGCAGAUCUGCGGGAUCAGCUUAACCGAUAACCUCAAACCGACCAUGGCCUUCUUGGAGACGUUAGGCAUCGAUAAGAACCAGUGGGCGAAGAUCAUUUACCGUUUCCCUGCUAUCUUAACUUACAGCCGACAGAAACUUAUCUCCACCGUUGACUUCUUAACUCAAACCGGUCUGUCCGAAGAACAGAUUGGGAAGAUCUUGACUCGGUGUCCGAACAUCAUGUCUUACAGCGUGGAAGACAAGCUACGUCCAACGAUGGAGUAUUUUAAGUCGCUUAACGUCGACGUUGCGGUUCUCCUUCAUCGAUGUCCACAAACGUUUGGUUUAAGCAUAGAGACGAACCUGAAGCCAGUGACUGAGUUCUUCCUCCAGAAAGGUUAUGGUAUAGAUGAGAUUGGGAUCAUGAUAUCUAGAUACGGAGCUUUGUAUACUUUCAGCUUGAGGGAGAAUCUGAUGCCGAAGUGGGAUUACUUUCAGACGAUGGAUUAUCCCAAGUCGGAGCUGGUGAAGUUUCCCCAGUUUUUCGGGUAUAGUCUUCAGGAGAGGAUCAAGCCGAGAUAUGAGCUGGUGAAGAGAAGUCGAGUGACGCUGUUGUUGAAUCAGGUUUUGUCCUUGUCCGGAGUUGAGUUCGAGAAAGUUGUUAAGAAGAAGAUGAUGAAGAAACUUUUGUCUGAUCAUCAAAGUAGUAGCGAACUCUUGUGAAGCCUUUUUUUUAGUUUAGAGCAAUAAAGAGAGUUUAAACUCAAGCUAUGAUGAUAUCAUUCCGAUUAAGAGCCUCAUUAUUCAGCUGAAACUCAAGCUAUGAUGAUAUCAUUCCGAUUUCAACCUGAAA